CAGUGGCGGGAGCCCAACCGACGCACGCGCUAUGGACUACUGCUGAGCCACAGAGAGCACAAUCCCGCACGAGCGCAGCCCCAAACAUUGUCCGCGCGCUACACCUGCUGAUUUCACGCACUUUUCACUUCUUUAUUUCUACUUGCUAGCGCGUAAGAAUAAGUUAUUUGUGCCGAGAAUCAGUUUUGCGUAAAAAUGAAACUGUUGCUUUUGCCACUUUUGAUGGCCGUUUUUGCCACAUGUCAAGUUUAUGGCGAGGAGAGCAAUCCCAGAGAAGAUGCUGACUUCUGGACGAGCAGUAACCAGAUACAGGACGGCUGGAUUUCAAACCCUUACCCCUUCAGAGAAAUCCUCAUGAGGAUGACCCGAAAGCCGCGGCCGCACCAGUUUAUCGGGCUGAUGGGAAAACGCUCCAUGGCGGCAAACGCACAGAUCACCCACAAAAGGCAUAAAAUCAACUCUUUUGUCGGGCUAAUGGGGAAACGGAGUGAAGAAGAACCAGAUUCUUAUGAAUGGAGCACAAUACAAAGUUACGACAAACGCCGCUAACCCCACAACCACCACCACGCUUCUCAUUUAGCCAUCGCUCACACAUGGAAGGGGAACCAACCAUUUUGUUUUCUCCAGCCUGUGCAUAGCUGUUUGUCCAAUGAAAAGAUUCUGUUUACACUAGUGAUGUAGCAGUGCUGUACCUGUGCUGAUUUUUAGUUGUCCCAUGCAGAAAUUUUGAAAGUAAGCUAACGGUAAGAUGGAAAAAGCAAUGUCAUUCAUUUGAUGUUAGUUUCUGUGAUGAUUUUUGCACCAUAUCUCAUGCCAUAUAUGUUGUUGUGGACCAUCCAAGCAAGGCUGUACCUCAGGGUAUGGAGAAGAUUGCACUGCCAAAGUCACUGUCUAGUGCCUCAUACGAGUUUGAUUACAAUUGAUUGUUCAGUGCAGUACGACACACUUGGAGAAUUAUGGCUUUUAAGUGACUUUAUUAGCGCUGUCAUUUUAUCCUCACAGGCGCAUAUCUGUAUGUUAUUAGUGGUUGGACAAAUAUUAAAAUUAUUUUCUUUACCUGUUCAACUUC